CGGGGACCCGCACCCGCCCUCCGACCGAGCCCGGCCAAACGUCCGUUUCCCCGUCCCCCACCCCCCGCGUGGCCCGCCCCGCCCUUUGUGACGUCGGCGGCCUCGCACCCGCGGCCCCCGCCCGCCGGCUAGCCCUGGCUCGGCCCGUUAGAGGCCGCUCCGUCCCGGGAACACGGGCGACCGUCCGGGGCCAUGAGGCAGCUCGCCGCCGCCUCCCUUCUCUCACUCCUGAGGGUGCUGCUCCUGCCUCCGGCACCGGCCCCCGCCCAGGAUACCCUCUUGACCUCCACUCCGGGCAGCCCCCUCUCUCCCACCGAGUAUGAGCGCUUCUUUGCGCUGCUGACCCCAACCUGGAAGGCAGAGACCACCUGCCGGCUCCGCGCAACCCACGGCUGCCGGAACCCCACCCUCGUCCAGCUGGACCAGUAUGAAAACCACGGCCUGGUGCCGGAAGGCGCUGUCUGCUCCGACCUCCCUCAUGCCUCCCGGUUUGAGUCCUUUUGCCAGUUUACUCAGUACCGUUGCUCCAACCACGUCUACUACGCCAAGCGGGUCGGGUGCUCCCAGCCAGUCUCAAUCUCACCAAACACUCUCAAGGAGGUGGACACUUCCUCUGAAGUGCCGCUCACGACGAUGACCUCCCCCAAGUCCUCCCACAUCACAGCCACAGAACAACAGGCCUUCCAGCCCUGGCCCGAGCGGCUUAACAGCAGCGUGGAGGAGCUGCUACAAUCCUCCCUGUCCCUGGGCGGCCAGGAUCAAGGGCAGGAGCGGGAGGGACAAGAGGAGGAGUGGGAGGAAGGACAGGGCACAAAGCAGGCACUGGAGGUGACGUCUGGGUUGCAGGCAGACCCGGAGCCCAAGACCCAGUCUGAAUUUGUAACUUCCAACCCUUUCUCCUUCACUCCCCGGGUGCGGGAAGUGGAGUCUACUCCCAUGACGAUGGAGAACAUCCAAGAGGUCAUCCGAUCCGUGCAGGAAAUGGAUGAAAUGAAUGAAAUGAAUGAUGUAUAUGAGGAGAAUAUCUGGAAAGCCCAGAGCCCCGGCAGUCUCCUGCAGCUGCCUCACGUGGAGGCCUUGCUGGCACUGUGCUACUCGAUUGUGGAGAACACCUGUGUCAUAACCCCUACAGCCAAGGCCUGGCAGCACUUGGAGGAUGAGAUCCUCGGUUUCGGGAAGUCGGUCUGUGACAGCCUUGGGCGGCGCCACGUGGCUACAUGUGCCCUCUGUGAGUUCUGCUCCCUCAAGCUGGAGCAGUGCCGCUCGGAGGCCAGCCUGCAGCGGCAGCAGUGUGACAGCUCCCACAAGACGCCCUUCGUCAGCCCCCUGCUCGCGUCCCAGAGCAUGUCCGUCGGCACCCAGGUAGGGACCCUAAAAUCGGGCCGCUUUUACGCGCUGGAUUUGUAUGGCGGGCUGCGCAUGGACUUCUGGUGUGCCCGGCUGGCCACCAAGGGCUGCGAAGACAAUCGGGUCGCCAGCUGGCUCCAGACCGAGUUCCUCAGCUUCCAGGAUGGGGACUUCCCCACCAAGAUUUGUGACACAGAAUACGUGCAGUACCCGAACUAUUGUGCCUUCAAAAGCCAGCAGUGUAGGAUGAGAAACCGGAACCGGAAGCUGGACCACGUGCGCCCAAUCCCCGUGCAGGUGUCCCGCAUGAGAUGUCUGCAGAAUGAGACGUACACCGUCCUGACCCCGGCCAAGAGCGAGGACCUCGUGCUUCGAUGGAGCCAAGAGUUUAGCACCUUGACUCUCGGCCAAGCCGGCUGAGCUGGACUCUGCCCUCUCCCCACCCACUUUCCACACCCUCCAUUGCUCUCAGACCCCAGGUUGUCUCUUACUUGGCCCAGACUCAACGUUUCCCUUGGGUUGGGGCAGCCGUCCCGGAGAGGUCUGCGAUGGGAGCUCCACCUCCCUUAAAGGAUGUCUUUACAUAAAAUGUUUAUUUUCAACCUGUGUGGGCUGUUUUGGUUCUGACCCCCUCGUUGGCCCUGUCCCGGGGGAGUCAACCCUCCAACCCCUGGAUCCAUCUGCAGGCGGGGGAAC